AAGACUCGGACAUGAUUUGGACUUGAUAAACGGUGUGGUGUUAAAAUGUGCUGCGAUUUGAAUAUCAUCUGCUGUCCCAAGAUGUAUCGUAGCUUGAUUUCAUAUUAUAAUUAUGAAACUCGAAUCUCACAUUGUUUUAUACAUUUGGACAUUUAACAGAAAAACACCUUCAAGCUAAACAAAUUAAAGCUGUCCAAAUCGCUUCAUUCUACGCUCCCAUAGUGCGCAGUCCCUGGCUCACCGAUUCAAAAAUUCAAUUGCCAUUCAGGGAGUUAUCCCCUUCAUACACACUUCAAGGCUUCCACUGCUCCCAGGACACAAAGCACACCGAGGCUGCAAAUACCCCAGGAUCGCUACAUCCAUUCUUCAGUAUCAAUCCGUACGGCACAACCGGCGGAGCAACUCGGAACUCUCGCCCAUUUUAACAAACAAGUGGUUCUCGCACAAUCGAAUACUGUAACACCAUUCACUCGGUAACAAGCAUUUCGAGUAUUGAGUGGGCUCCGGGACAAACACCCCGGAAACAAAAACCCGUGCUGCUCCAAGCCUGUGGCUAACUGUACCAACAGUUUUAACUAACUUCAACAUCAACGCCCACCGUACAACCUCUUUCGCUCGGGUGUUCAAUUAGAGCACGAAAAAUUAAUCCAAUCCUCCCAACAGCUGCCGCGCGCCUGUGUGUGUGUGCGAGAACGAAAGUGAAACGAAAGCGCACCAACAAACAAACAAAAAGCGACCGAAAAUUUGUGAAAAAUUUGCAUCGAAAAUCACUCCACCCUCACCGAACAGGCCGGCCGGGAAAUCCCGGCCACCGUCAGGACGGGCUUCGAUUGAAGUGGUUCGAGCGAGCAGCAUCUGAAGGACUUGCCCGCGUACAACAAUGCAAAAAGUGAAGUGAUUUCUCAGUGUGGAAUUAAUACGAUUUUCCCUCGAUAGAGAAGUGGUGGAUAGCAAGUUGGGGGAAAAGGGCACCCAAAUUCGUUACAGCGACUAAAAUAGUCAAACUUUUUGCCCGUCCGUUCCACCGCCACCAUGGAUGAAGUGCACGAAAAGAUGAAGAAUUUUUUAAUUAAUUCCGACACGAGUGGUAUCGAGUUGGGCGAGUUUCUAGCGAACCGGUUCCCCACACCGGUUGCACCCUAUCUUGCCCUCCUGCCACCGGACGCUGGCCAAUGGAUCCGUCGGCGUUUGGGCUACCCAUGGAAAGCGGGUGUACUGCUGCUGCUGCUGCUAGUGCUCCUCCUGUUCACCGUGGCCAACCACACGACAGUCGGCGGAGGCGAAGGACGACGAUGGCGCCCACUGCUGGCAACGUUGUUAGCAAAUGAAGAUUGCAUUCUCUCCAUGCCGGCCCAGUUGCAGAAAGCGUUUCGACCGCCGGAAAGUUGUGGUUUCUGUCGGGCAGUUCACGGAACAGUUCCUCGGCUGUCGAACGUAAGUCCGGCGGAGUUUGCCCGCAACUAUGCGUACCGUGGAGGGCCAGUCAUUGUGACGGAUGCCACCGUAAACUGGACCGCCGUAGAACGCUUUGACUAUUGGUUCUUCAAGCGUGUGUACGAAACGCACGGAGUCGGACCGAAAGCGGAACGGUGUCAGUUUUUUCCUUACAAGACGGGAUUCCGAGACAUAAGGGAGGCGUUGUCACUGCCGGAAUCUCGAGUCCGAUACGACCCAGGCACGGAACCGUGGUACUUCGGAUGGAGCAACUGUGACCCAGCGAUAGUUAAGGUGCUGCGAGAGCAUUACCAACGCCCGUACUUUCUACCGGCUGAUUCGGAGAACAGUGCUAUCGACUGGGUUUUUAUGGGUGGCCCUGGUCUUGGAGCACACAUGCAUGUCGACAAUGUCCGUCUUCCGUCGUGGCAGUCGCAGCUGAAAGGAGCCAAAGAGUGGAUUCUUGCGCCACCACCGGAAUGUUUCUAUCAGUGUGAAUUCCUGUCCGUCGUUGUUCAAACCGGAGAAACAAUUGUGCUGGACACCAACAAAUGGUAUCACAAAACCAACGUACUUCCCGGCCCGAUCAGCAUCACUGUCGGAGCCGAAUAUGACUAGCAACUUUUAACUUACCGCGAUAUGAUCGUCGUCCCCGGUGGAAACUCCACAAUAUCCUCCCGUAUCUCCAGAUCGUUGUAGAAGCUGACCACGUGCGGCUCAUUGUUGCGGAACAUGCACGACCCGUUUGCAGACGGUAUCCGAUGAAACAGUGGAUCAUCGUCAUCUAAAUAAUACAAUAUACAAUAUUAAUGUGUGUCACUGUCAAGCCAAUAAUAAAUCGUAAUGUUAUCGUA